AUUCGAAAGAGACCCAAAAACCUGCUGGGCCUGCCUCUCUUGGUGUCGUCGUCUUCUUCCACCCCAGCGCCGAAUCUCCCUCCCUCUCGACUGCUCUUGGAUUGACGUCCACUGGAGAUUCAUCCGCACUGGCCACUGGGGAUUGACUUCUUCAUCAUCUUCUUCUGCUGCUGCGGCGGCUGCUGGCUGCCCCGUUACCCGUUCUUCCACUGCUCGGCUCCACCAUCCAUACGGUCUGCCGGCGGUUCCCAUCCCAAAUCCACCCACCGAAACCCUAAAUCGGCUGCUGGUUCCGACCUCCGCUCAUCUCGCCGGCUCCAAGGAGGAAGGAGCGCUUCUCACGUAGCCGUUGUCCCCGUCCUUGGCCAUCCAUCACCACUGCCGCCUCCUUCAUCUCUCCUCAACUGGAGUGUGGAGCGACGUGGGGGGCCGCAGAUCCACCCGACUCGAUUUGAUUACCUCUUUUGUUGACUUGGAGAGUGCUUCUUACCAUGUCUUGGGACGCAAUCGAGAAUGAUCCUGGUGUUUUUACUGAAUUACUGCAACAGAUGCAAGUGAAGGGUCUUCAAGUUGAUGAACUUUAUUCACUUGACCUGGAUGCUCUCAAUGAUCUUCAGCCAGUUUAUGGGCUCAUAGUGCUGUACAAAUGGCGACCUCCAGAAAAGGAUGAGCGUCCUGUCAUCAGGGAUGCAAUUCCAAACCUUUUCUUUGCUAACCAGAUAAUUAACAAUGCAUGUGCAACCCAAGCUAUCCUUUCAGUUGUCUUGAACUCUCCUGGCGUCACCCUUAGUGAUGACCUGAAAAAGCUGAAGGAGUUUGCAAAGGACUUGCCACCCGAACUCAAAGGAUUGGCUAUAGUAAAUUGUGAAAGCAUUCGUAUGUCUAAUAACUCAUUUGCUAGGUCAGAAAUCCCGGAGGAGCAGAAAUCAUUUAGCAAGGAUGAUGAUGUUUACCAUUUCAUAAGCUAUGUUCCAGUGGAUGGUGUCCUAUACGAGCUUGAUGGACUAAAAGAAGGACCCAUAAGCCUGGGAAAAUGCCCAGGUGGUGUUGGUGAGGUGGGAUGGUUAAGGAUGGCCCAGCCUGUCAUUCAAGAACACAUUGACCGGUUCUCUCAGAAUGAGAUAAGGUUCAGUGUGAUGGCUAUUUUGAAGAACCGGAAGGAGAUGUACACUGCAGAGCUCAAAGAACUUCAGAGGAAGAGGGAGAGCCUCUUGACCCAAAUGGGUGAUCCUUCUGCCAGUAGGCACGUGCCAUCUGUUGAGCAGUCGCUAGCAGAGGUGGCUGCUCAGAUCGAGGCUGUGACAGAGAAGAUCAUAAUGGAAGAGGAGAAGUUCAAGAAGUGGAAGACGGAGAACAUCAGGAGGAAGCACAACUUCGUGCCGUUCUUAUUCAAUUUCCUCAAGAUCCUUGAGGAGAAGAAGCAGUUGAAGCCCCUGAUAGAGAAGGCGAAGGCAAAGCAGAAGUCAUACAGCCCCAAUCCUAGGUGAAAGCUGCAAUGUCUUUAUUGUCUAUCAGUGAGCUAUUACGCACUUUUAAAGGAUGGCUGCUUCUAAGGCAAACCUCCUGGUUUCUUGUAUAGGUAGCUGAGUGGCCUUUGUUUUCUUGGCCAGUGUUUGAACCUAUGCUUAUUCCCAGUUUUAGAUAUGGCACAUAUGUCUACUUAACUAUAUUCAGGUGCAUCUUGAAGAUCUCAGGCGAAUGCCCCCGUGGAGUUUAUCCAGUCA